AUGUCCACCUUCAAUAUCUCUCCAAUUCAACUUCAAUAUCUUAUAUGGGGUCGAUUUGACAAUUCAUUUGCUGAUGAUAUUUUUGUAAUUCUUGGCAAUAAAGCCAUUCAUACUAUCCUAGCUAAUAAAGACCUCAUUAACAAGCCUGAUGAUCAAAACAUAAUCACUCAUGCUUAUUUAUACACAAAAAGCAAACAUAGAUCUCUUUCAAAUAAUUGGGAUAAACUACUUUUCUUUAAUGAUGAUAAAAGAUUUAUCAUCUUCCCUGAAAGAUUAGAUCUAAUUCCUAAAAAAUCAACCAUAAUGGUUAGAAAACUAUCCUCAGAAGAUGAGUUAAUCAAAGUUUCUAUUCACCUUUUAAUUCCACCCACACCUGUUUGUCGUCCUCAUGUUCCACUAUAUGGAGAUCCAUCAAUAGCUAUAGUAACAAGUUCUUAUUUCUAUGACAAUAUUAAUAAUUGUUCCCCAUCAAUGUUAGAUGUAGCUUACAUUUUAUCAGAAAACAAACGAACCUAUGCUCAAAAACAUGUUGAUGAUGAUGUGAAACUAUUUGAUGAGAGAAUACAUUUUAUAAUAUCCAAAUCUAAAAAAGAUGCAACAUUUAAUACAGGGGCGUUUUUGAUUAAGAAUUCUGAAUGGAGUUUUGAAUUUUUGAAAAAAGUGCAAGAAAUAGAAGUUUUGCACGAUGAUAAAAAGAUUGAACAAGCAUCCAUGAGGCAACUUAUUAAUCAAUAUCCUAAUCAUGGUGACCAUACAUUAGAAUCAUUCCCUGAUGUUUGGAAAAAUGAUGAUUUUAUUCUUCAUUUUGCUUCUAAUGAUU